AACCAUGAAACCAGAAACUUCGUUAGAAAUUGAAAGAAGGUCGCAAGCUCCCUCGAAGCAUGCGGUUUGGUUGAGCGAAGUAAUAUAGUAGUUCUUACCUGUCCUAUUCAGUCUACCGAAGGCGAUGUUAGGAGUUUUAAGCAGGUGUCAGCGGCUCGCUCUCCCGAGAGUCCUGGCCAGCAGCACGCAGAAAAUUGUGUCCUGUCGACAAACACCGGCUCAGUCUUCGCUUUGUCCAUCCUGCCUCCGGUCCGAGAGUAGGCGUUUCGCGAGCACCAAAGAGGACGGCAAGAAGAAGAAAGGGCCAAUAACGUGGAAGAGCCUCGGAAUCACUUUUGGAAUUGGCGGUGCCCUCCUAGGCUGGAUGUUCUACAUCAAGAAAGAGAAGCAGCGAGAGAUGGACCGAGAGCGUAAGCGGUCGCUGGGCAAGGCGGCCAUCGGGGGUUCCUUCGAGCUGGUGGACCACCACGGCCAGCCCAAGAGCAGUAAGGAUUUCCUGGGAAAGUGGCUCCUCAUCUACUUCGGCUUCACCCACUGCCCAGACAUCUGCCCGGACGAGCUGGACAAGCUGGGCAAGGUCAUCGACAUCGUGGACAACGAGAUCAAGGAUGUGGCACUCCAGCCGCUCUUCAUCUCCAUCGACCCCGAGAGGGACGACGUCAAAGCCGUCGCGGCGUACGUCAAAGAGUUCCACCCGAGGAUCCUAGGCCUGACGGGCUCCAAAGAGCAGGUGGAGCGGGCCUCCAGGGCGUUUAGGGUCUACUUCAGCGCGGGGCCCAGGGACGAGGAGCAGGACUACAUAGUGGACCACACGGUCAUCAUGUACCUGGUGGAUCCGGACGGGGAGUUUGUGGACUACUACGGCCAGAACCGGACGGCCAGGCAGGUUGCCACGGCCAUCCAGCUGCAAGAUGUCAAGUACAAGCGUGCCAAGAGUGGGGCCUGGUUCUAGGGGCCGUCGACCUGUACAUAGCCCUCAUUAAAACCACUCGGAAGUCC